AUGCACAAAAAAGGUAUAACAGAGGAAAUUGCGAAGAAACGUACCCGUCGUACGGUUAAGCAUCAACGAGCAGUUGUUGGGGCAUCGUGGGAAGUCAUUAAGGCUAAGCGUAAUCAGAAGCCCGAGCUGAGAGAGGCCGCUCGUGCCGCUGCCCUUCGUGAAGCAAAAGAGAAAAAAAAACAAGAACAGUCGAAAAGGAAAGCUGAAAAAGCUAAGCAGGCUCGUGGUGCUCAAGCUAAAGUAUCGGCUAAGAGUCGCUAA